AUGCAGAUCAAGCCACUGGGGCGACCAAGAGACGAUGGGUUCUACGUUGACUCUUCUUCCCAUGAUACCAACUCUGAAGAUGAAGAGGCCGGCCGCCCAUGCACGGGGUUAUCUGGGCCGGGCGACAUUUACAAAAAAAAAAAAAAAAAAAAAAAAAAAAAUGAAAAAAAAAUGAAAAAAAAAAGUCUGAAUUGUAGGUCACGUCUGGAGCCAGUGACAGUGGCAGUGGCGGUGGCAGUGGCAAUCAUCAUGGCCGAGACUCGAGAGCCCGCUGCUGGCACCGUGACGGCGAGCCUCCUUUCGCCCGGCAGAAUGGUGCACGAGUGGGAACCAGCGUAUGCGGCAUAUACCGUGGGCGGGUUUUCACGGCCCCGAAUCACGAGAAUAGACAGACCAGACGUUUUGCCAGGGUGGUUUGGCAUCAUCUGGCGCUUGGCUUCGAAACCCGAUCCGAUGGAGCUUCAAGGCCAGGUACCGAACCCUAGCUGCACGCACCGAGGAGAUCUCGAGGAGGUCUGGAAGAGGGCAAAUCUUCGAGGCCCAGGAACCGGGCCUAGCUGCGCGCCUCGAGGUUUGCAAAGGGAAGGCUUCAAGGGCAGCAGCGGAAGCUAG